AUAAUGAUAGGAGAUGUAAUAAAAGCAGAUUUACCCUACUUUGACGUAUGCAUAAGUAACACACCAUAUCAGAUUUCUUCACCAUUGAUAUUUAAACUUCUCGAGCAUCGACCUCUCUUCCGCUGUGCUGUUCUAACAUUUCAACGUGAAUUUGCAAUGCGGUUAAUAGCAAGACCCGGCGACAACUUGUACUGCAGAUUGAGUGUAAAUGUGCAAUUAUAUGCCAAAGUGCAGCAUGUCAUGAAGGUGUCCAAAAACAACUUCAAACCUCCGCCGCAAGUCGAGUCAUCUGUUAUAAAACUAGAGCCGAUAAACCCACCUCCACCGGUGAACUUUAAGGAAUUUGAUGGAUUAGUUCGAAUUGUGUUCGUAAGAAAAAACAAAACGUUAUCGGCCAAUUUCAAGAGUACUCCAGUGUUGCAGAUGAUUGAGAAUAAUUAUAAAACAUUCUGUGCAGCAAAUGAUAUGAUGAUUGAAGAUUCAAUAGAUAUAAAGCAAAAAGUACAGCAAGUACUCGAAUCACUAAACCUAGCUGAAGCAAGAGCUGCUAAAUUAGACAUUGACGACUUUUUAAA